UUCAGCUUUGUGGCAUAGCGUAUCCCAGCGAACUCUAACCCGUAAAACCAAGCGAAACCAACAAAUAUUACACCAGUGAAGGAAAAUCCCAAGGAAGAGAUCAACAUGAGCGAGUUGUCCAGACUGCAGCAGCAGAAGCAGCAGCAGGAUCAGGAGCAAGUUCCCCAGGAGCUGAUCGACUGCGAUAUUGCCUCUUUGGAUGAUACGGCCUCCGAGGUGGGGGAGGUCAGGACGCCACCCAGUAACAAGCGAUACACCAAUGCGCUGAAGAAGGUGAACAAGUUGCAGCGCGUUCUGGAGCAGGCCCUGGUCAUGCUGGCCGAGAAGGAGGCCUGGGGCCAGGAGGAGACGGCCGCCAAGGAGGGCGAUGUCAGGAUGCCAUCCCGUAACAAGCGAUACACCAAAGCCAUGAAUAAGGUGAACAAGGUGGAGCGCAUGCUGGGGCACGCACUGAUUCUGCUGUCCGAGGAGGAGUUCAAGUGCCGGGAGCAGGUGCAAGAAGGGGGCUCCAAGAAGGCCAAGAAGCAGCUGAAGAAGAAGGCCAAGAAGGACAAGAAGAAGGCCAAGAAGCAGGCCAAGAAGCAGGCCAAGAAACAGGCGGAGGAGCAGCCGGCGACUGGGGAGGAGCCCUCCAACACCUCCAGCUCCUCCAGCUCCAGCUCCUCCAGCUCCAGCUCGUCCAGUUCCAGCUCCUCCAGUUCGAGCUCCGACUCCGAGGGCGAAGAGGUAUACUACGGCUACGGCUGGGCCAGCAAUCCUUGGCGCCGUGGACCACAUGGCCAUCACGGCUUCGGUCGCCGGCUUGGUCACGGUUUUGGCCACAAACAUGGUCGCAAGCAUGGCCACAAGCAUGGCCAUAAGCAUGGUCACGGGCCGCAUCAUCAUGGCCGACAUGGACAUGGACAUGGACAUGGCCGCCCUCACCACCGCCAUCCACAUGGUCAUCACUUCGGACCACCUCACUUUGGACCCCACUUUGGACCACACUUUGGACCACCAGCUGGACCUUCGCCCUAUGACUUCGAUUGCAGAUCCUCUGGCGCACCCUGGCAGGAUCAGUGCCAGUUUUUUCGAUGGAUGGGUCUGCCGUGGGCCCAGAACAAUGCCGCGGCCUGUCGGAGGAGCCACUCGCUGCCUAGACUAUCUCGGCGCGACUGUCGUGGAGAUCUCGGACUCGGAUUCGGAUUCGGAUUCGGACCAGAAUACGGAUACGGAUAUGGCCAACCGUGUCGACCACAUGGCCGUCGAGUAGAGCGAUCCCUUUCCCGUUCGAGGUCCAGUUCCAGCUCCAGCUCUAGCUCCAGCUCCAGCUCCAGUUCUUCGUCGGAGGAUGAGAAGAAAGGGAAGAAGUGCAAGGGCAAGGGCAAAGGCAAGGGCAAAGGCAAAGGCAGAGGAAAGGGCAAGGACAAGGGAAGAAGGCAGCGCUCCUCUUCGAGCUCCAGCUCCUCAUCGAGUUCCAGCUCCAGCUCCAGUUCGGAUGGCGAAGUGCAGAAGAGGCACCGUCGACAUGGGCGUCAUUUCGGACCGCCCCAUGGUCAUCACUUUGCGCCACCACAUGGCCACCACUUUGGCCCUCCACAUGGCCACCACUUUGGCCCUCCACAUGGCCACCACUCUGGUCCUCCACACGGCCACCACUCUGGUCCUCCACAUGGCCACCACUCUGGUCCUCGCCAUGAGGGUCACCGUGGCCACCACUUUGGUCCCCAUCAUGGCGGACACCAUGGCCAUCACUUUGGCCCGCAUCACGGCCCUUUUCCCGGACAACAUGGCCCCCAAUUUGGUCCAUUCUCGGAGUUUCCCCAAAGAGAACCCACUGAAGGACCUGCAUUUGACUACCAGCGCCGUCCGGAGUUUCCUUUCGCCCAUCAUGGACCACCACCAGCUGAGUUCCCAGGUCGCCGCAGUCGUUCCCUGUCCCGAUCCCAGUGCCGGAACGAAAAGCAGAAGCGUGCCCCAUCCUGUGCCGAGGAAAAGAGCGCCAAAGUCGAGAAGGAAGAGUGCAAGAAGGGAAAGAAGGGAAAGAAGGAAAAGAAGGGAAAGAAGCACGGAAAACGUGGUCAUGGACAUGGACAUGAGCAUGGACAUGGACAUGGACAUGAACAUGGACACCAUCAUGGUUAGGCAAUCACAGCCAGCGUUUAGGGUGCACUAGGACUCCUUCAAUACAACCUAUACCCAUAUAUAUAUCUAUAUAUAUGUAUAUAUAUACUAUACUUUUAAUACCCAGAAGCUUCUGUAUUAUUAUAUAAAUACCGUUUAAAUUACAUAUACAAAAAAAUGAAAUAAAAAACAAAAAUCAAAUUAA